GCAUUCGGGUUGCGAACUGUAUAAAGACUCAAUGCUGGGUAGUUCUCGAUUAGUGAAGGUUCUGAUUGCUAAAUAAGCAAAUGCAUCGGUCAGCAUCCUUCGCCUUGUUGGUAACGGCUGUGGUUCUGUUUCUGCUCUCGUCGUCAGCAAACGCCCGAGUAACACGACAGAAGAGACAAACAACAAUCAGUUCAAGCUGCUACAGUCCCACCGGCAGAGACUGUUACUGGUACAGAAACUGUUUGGAGAAGAGGGUCCCUUGCCAAGGCACAUCAGACGACUAUGCUAUUGCAUAUGCUGAGAAGUUCUGUAACGUGUUUGGUAGUAACUACAACAGAUUCUCUUCUCAGGGCAAGCAGUGGGUCGACGCAGUUCGCAAAUGUUUACAGGUCGCACUGGUUCCCCUUCUCCGCGCAGCUCCGCCAUGCCGCCAGAUCAAGUCAACAGCGUUCAACUCUCACUUCCCCUGUUAUAUGACACCAGGUGGUGGAGCUCUGGGGGUGUGUGAUCUUCCAGUUUCAGACAUCCUAGUCAUCCAAGAUAUCAUCAGCAGUGCCUGGGUUUCAGAGUCUCGGGAAUCUUUAAAAGGAGCAGCGCUGGUCACCGGAGGGUGCACUUUUCACCAUUUUCCCACCUGGGUGAAAUAGUAGUCACCAGAGGGAGUUAUAACGACUCUUCCACGAAAAACCACAAUCCCUGAUAAAAAGUAAAUUCAAUAAAACGAAGCUGCUACGAUG